CAUGAACAGAGCUGAGGGAACAACCAAUUGGAUGAACAGAGCUGUUCAAUAGUCACGUUAUUCGAAUGCCGUCCUCAUCUAAGGAAUCCUCUGUUUCAAUACAAUUGCGUCCCUACCACUGUUUCUUUGCGUGCAGGGCAGAUCAUCUCCCGCACAGUGAUAUGUAUGCGGACGUCCGUAGCUUACACAGAUUCUUGUCGAACGCGGCAUAAGUUGCGACUUUGGUCCACGCGGCGGACAUCUAGAUGACCACACGCCCUCCUCGCUCCCCGGAUGUUCGCCACGUCAUGAAUCGUAACUUUCUUCGUAACAAGGUCGCGACAGUAGAGCGUUGUAUUGGAGCACUUCGAUCAGUCGAUCGUGUCACAGAACAGAGUGACAUUUACCCCCUUUUCGCUCUAUUAUUCGUUGGGGAGCGAAGUCCGAUUUCGGUGGCGAAAUCUUUCGACGGCGAUGUCAGACCGUAGAAAAUUAUGAAGAUUUAUGGAUGGUUUUAGUGGGCGGACUUGAUUGUUUGUUGGGUUGGAACGGUUCCUCUCAAGUGUGCGCUCUUUAUUCGAAGCUUAGGUCGGCAGUGAUCCCUAAAGAACAGGUGUUUUUGGUUGAUAUUUAGUCCGUUUUGCCCACGGUAUCUAUGUUUACUUGCGUUCAUAAGUAAUAUUGGUUGCACAAGAUGUAAUUGUUGAUUUUUAGUCUAUUUUUUCGACAGUAUCUGUAUCUACUUGCGUUCUUUAGUAAUAUUGGUUGCGGAAGAUCUAAUUUUUGGGUCUUAUACUUCGGUGGUACGUGGGUAUGGACUCUCCUGCAUGUUUGUUGUGUCAGGAAAUGUUCACAAUUCAACAUCUAUUUGGUUUCUGGUUCCGUUUUGGCCUCGGGGAGCAGGUUCGAACAAGAAGUUUCAUUUGGGUCGUACAGCAAUUUUGACAUCAUUUGCUUAGAGGAAACGAGUAACUUGCCUUGAGCCUGAGGGAAGAAAUGAUGCAGCCACAUGACAGUGACAAAAAUGAAAGGAGUUCAUGCACUUCCAUUAAGAACGACAUCUUAGAUAUGCCACGGACAUCCGAUGAUAGUACAGAUAAGGAUGUUGAUAUUGUACUUUGCCGUGUUUGCCAUUGUUCUGAAUGUGACAGAAGGGGUGAUGCUGCCUUGAGUUUUUUAAAUAUUGUUCCUCCGUCACAAGAAUAUCUGGAAAGCAAUGUUGAUGGAGACUCCAGUGAUAAACUUCCCAGAGAGUGUACUCUAAAGGAGGUCAACAAUAAUAAGACGUCGCAGGAGCAGAAGGAAUUUAUUGAGUUCGUAGGUCCUGAAGGCGAGAUAUUUGUUUGCAGUGCUGAUGUAGAAUCAGGUUCAUACUUUAAUCAAGACACACUAAUUGAUCUAGGAUGUUCUUGCAAAAAUGAUCUUGCUCAGGCACAUUAUGCUUGUGCUCUGAAGUGGUUUGUAAGCCAUGGUUCUACCGUGUGUGAGAUUUGUGGAAGUGUGGCUAAGAAUGUAAGGGUGACAGAUUUCAGAAAGGUUAUGGCAUCUUUGAAGGAUUACGAAGAAUUAAGGAAUAGGACAGCAACCGGAGAAUUUUCAUAUUCACAUGUGGGGAUGAAUUCAGGUGUCGAUCCUGAUGCUGUUGCUGCUAUCCGAAGACAAAGACUGAGUGAAAUAUCAUUGUGGUUCAGUCCUCAUAGUAAUUUGGUAACAGUCUCCCAGGAAGCUUUAGAAGAAUUUCCAUAUAAUCCAACAGAAAAUGUUGUGAAUAUGGAGACUCAAACGGCCAAAUGGGCUUUGGAAGGUACAGGGAUUUUAGUUGCCGUUGGACUGGUCACUGUUAUUCUCACAUGGUUUAUUGCUUCACAUGUUGGAAAGAAAGCUGCUAGAUAUGGUUUUAAUAUUCUUCUUGGAGGAGUAUGUGCUUUGGUGGUUGUGAUCUUUCUUAGAUUUGUUUUUCGAACAAGAUUCAAGUAUGGAGCAGCACGCUACUGGACAAUCUCAUUUGUAUUUUGGUUUCUUGCUUUUGCAAUAUGGGCCUCUCGGACUCGGAACGUUCGGUCCACAUGAUCCUGCCUGUGGAAUUGGAGCGACCUAUAUUCUUUGACAAUGGACCAGGCUUCCAUCAUCGCUUGAUUGCUGUUUGGCAAUAAGACAGACAUUAGUGAUAAUGUCGGUAUUGCAUCGUCUAAAGGAGCCACAGUUUUUGGUUGACAUCAAAAGAUGGUUCAAUAUCCUGGUGGCAAAGAUGAUGCCAAAGUGUGCGGGAUAUGAUUUGUGUAUACAACUGCGCCGUAGAUCCAGACGGCGUGCGUUGAGGUAUAAUAGAAAUGUGGUUGUUAUGCAUUCAGGCUAGAUAGUUUUUCAUAUUGCCUAGUGAUACAUACUCAAUUUUGUGUUUCAAACUUUCAACCCUAUCAUAGUAAGGGUUUUAAUGCAAUGUGCACGUCGUAGAAUCGAUUUGUUA